AUAGCGUUUUUUUUUUCAUCCUCUCUUCCUCUUUAAUGUCACUCUCCUCGAGCAGAAAUUUCUUCAUUCGAUCCCAGUUGUACUGUAAAAUUCAUACAAGAGCUAGGGUUUUUAACACGAAUCGAGCGAUGGACUUCCAGCCAAGCGCGGGGCAGCAAUCAAAGGAGUUCAAAGAGCACGAAUCCCUAAACAUCGAUGAGAUUUCCGAGCGCAUCAUUCCUCAUCUUAUCAACCUGUAUGGAUCGCGCGCGACUGCUAAAGACUUUGAAAUCUAUGCUUCGGAAGCCAGAUUUGAGGACCCUCUUACUUGUGCUCAUGGAGUAAAGCAGAUCAAGUCGGCCUUCUAUGCUCUUCCCAAGUUAUUCAGCAAGUCUGAAAUUGUAGAAUACACUCUAAAAGCAAAUUCUACCGCACCAGGAAAUGUUGAGGUUUUAAUUGAUAACAAACAACACUACAAAAUAUUUGGAAAAGAUGUGGAUUUAGCAAGUCUUAUCAAGUUGAAGAUGGAUCAAGGAAAAAUUGUCCGCCAUGAAGAUUGGUGGGAUAAGAAGCCACUGAAGAACAGAGAGACUGUGCAGCUGCCGUUAGUUGGCCGUCUUGCCGAAAUCAGCAGGAGGGGUAUGAUGCUUUUAACACACGUUUUAAUGGGUUUUGGGAAGGAUCCAAAGAAUCAUACUGAAUGAUUUGCUGUUUAUGGUGAACUUAAAAUGGUAUGAUUUCUAUCAGUUCAUGUAUUAUAUUGAUAUUAACUGUUAAACGCUAAAUAGUUAUUUUCUUGUAAGCUUUCUUGAAAUAAUUAUGUGAUGUUUGUUCACAA